AUGCGUCAACAGCAGCAGCAGCAGCAGCAACAACAACAACAGCGACAGCAGCAGCAGCAGCAGGGUUUGCUUCGUUUCUCAAGCACAACCGCGCAGGCAGAUCCACAGGGGGGCCCCCCUGGGGGCCCCCCGGGAGGCCUUUCUAGGGGCCCCUCUGGGGGCCCCCUUGGAGGCCCUUCUAGAUCUCUUUCUAAGGGCCCCUCUGGGGGCCCCUCUGGAGGGGGCCCCCUUGGGGGCCCCUCUGGGAUCGUUUCGAAGGGCCCCACUGGGGGCCUCCCUGGGGGCCCUUCUAGAAGCCUUUCUCAGGGCCCCCUUGGGGGCCCCCCUGGGGCCCUCACUGGGGGCCUUUCUAGGGGCCCCACUGGGGGCCCCUCUGGGGGCCCCUCUAAGGGCUCCACUGGGGGCCCCACUGGGGGCCCCUCUGGGGGCCCCUCUAAGGGCCCCUCUGGGGGCCCCUCAAAGGGCCCCUCGGGGGGCCCCAGUGGGGGCCCCUCUGGGGGUGGUAGUGAGGCUGUGUGUGUUGGGGGUGCGGGUUUGUGCGGUGAAGAGCGGCGGCGUUUGCUGAGCAGUGUAUCUACUUUAAUAUUGUCGGAGAUGCCGCCUUGCUGUUCGUUAGCAGAGCUAAAAGAUAUUUUCUGUGCAUUUGGAGGCUUAGAAGGAGGGGGCCUGUCAUUUCCUGCUGCAGCAAGAAGCAAAGGAGGGGGCCCCCGUGCUGCAGCAGCAGCGGGGCACCAAGCAGAUAAAAGAAUUAUUAUACGCAUGCAAAGGCUUGCAGAUGCUGCUGCAGCGCAGCAGCUGCUGCAUGGGAGAACAUUAAGUGAUGCUCGCUUCAUUAUUCGGGUGUAUAGGCAGCUACUUGCCGCUAAAAGAAAUACUAAAACAAGGCCCUCUGUUGCUGCUGUUGUUGCUGCUGCUGCUGCUGAAGCUGCAAAUACAGCUACUGCUGCUGCUGCUGCUGGCAAUCAUGCAGAAGCAGCAGCUGCUGCUGCACUUGCAUCGCGCAUACUCGGCAACAAACAAAGCAGUCCAGCAACAGCAACAGCAGCAGCAGCAGCAGCAGCUGCUGCUGCUGCUGCUGCUGCGAUAGGUGCUGCUACACCUGCUGCAGCAGAUGGCACGCCGCAGUUUCAGCUGUCCAUACACCACAGCAGAGAAGACCGAAUUAAAGUUGCUGCUCUUAAAGGACAUGAGAGGGCUCUCUUGUUGCUGCGACAGCAGCAGCAGCAGCAACAGCAACAGCAACAGCAACAGCAGCAGCAGCAGCAGCGUGAGGAGGAUGCUGACAUGUCUUUCAGUGCAAAUCCUUUGUUCGAAGAAGAAGAAAAGAGCGAGCAGCAGCAGCAGCAGCAGCAGCAGCCUGCAGCGUUGGCCGACGGGGAGUCUGCAGCAGCAACAGCAGCAGCAGCAGGAGAGAGCGGGCCAGGGAGCUUCCUGCUGCAGCAGCGACAGUUCAAUGCCCUGAGGUCUAGCAGAACAUUUAAAGAGCUGCAGCAGCAAGGAGGAUCAGCAAAGCGACAGUUGGGAAGCAGCGGCAGCAGCAGCAGCAGCAGCAGCGGCAGCGGCAGCGGCAACAGCAGCAGGAACAGCAGCAGCAGCAGCUUAAAGACUGAAUUGACUGGGCCAGGGGCAGUGGCAGAUGUAAAGCGCCAGCGCACCAGCAGCAGCAGCAGCAGCAGCAGCAAGGCUGCUCGGGCUAGGAAGCAGCAGCAGCAGCAGCAGCAGCAGCAAAGCCAAGCCUUACUGGAUCUGUUGAGUGGGGUCCCUUUGUCUUCAGCUGCUGCUGCCGUCAGCAGCACCAGCGCAGCAGAUGAGGCGGAAAGACAACAGCAACGCGAGUGA